GAGUCAUUCAGCAUGAUGGCAGUUAUCUGUUGGUUGCAAGAUGCUUUCUCUCUCCGCUGCCUUUUUUCAGAUUUCAUCAAGCUGUCAAAUUUUGGGUUAAUUUAGACAAACUGCUAUAGGCACAUAUUGAAGCAUUUUGCAAUACAGUGUACUAAACGUUCAUCAUCUUGAAGUGUAUCUUGCUAUUUGUCAAAAUCGAUUGCUCUCAUAAGAAACUCACUUUGCUGCUCCUGUCUCCUCUUGUUCUCGUCUGCCUGAUGCAUUAUUCUGUUUGCUUCCUGCAAAGUGAGAAAACAUUCCCGAGUUUAGAUGACUUGAGAAUAAUUAUGUCUUUUUCAGUUGAUAACUUAGAGUUCAGUGGAAGUUUGUGGUUGGCCCUUUUGUUUUUGCAACAGCAAGUGAGCUUAUGUGUGAGAUCCUUGUCUUAAGUGGGCAGAUCGAUUGAAUUUUGCAGCCUCCUGCCAUUAUUUUGUUAACACCACUUCUUUUAAAGCAGUGUCUGCAAUCAGCUGGGUUCUGCUGCCCCUGAAAUAUCCAUUCCAGAGAGAAACUGCUGCCCAUGUUAAGCAUCAGGUUGUCAUUCAGUCUGUCACCUCUAACCGAAAUGAGUGCACCUUCUGACUAUUUUCUAGUUAGUUUCACUUUCCCAUUUAUUCCUACUGCUGCGGCCUCUUUCUUUUGAAGGUGGUAAAUUGCUAAGCUCAAUUACUAACCUCAGCUGUACAAUUUUGGAAUACUUGAAGGUUCCCUGAGUUGAAUUUCAUACCAUGUCAGUGAAUGGGAACUGGCCAUCUCUGAGUGGCGUUCAGUGUGGUCUGAUUUCUUUUAAAUUGCCUUUCUCUAAGUUUCCUUAGCAGCAACAAAGGAUUGAUUGAUUCUUUCUCAAGUGGCUGUUUAUCAGCAGCACCAUAUUUAAGAUCUAAGGUGAUCAUUUUUAAGAAGCACAAAAGGCAGUGGCUAACAACCCUUCAUCUAGUGUGCAAGUCUGCACUAGGCCUGUCACUAGAAGUGGAGGAGCCUGUUCCACGGCUGUGGCACGUAAUUUCUGAAGGCUCUUCCUCACAGCCUUUUGGCUUUCUGGUUCUGACCUCGGGAUGGCCUGGGAGAUGCAGGGCUACGGCCCUCCACAUACAGAAGGCAACGGCUGCCAAGUGUGCCUUGGAAAGUCACUGAAGUUGUAAUGAUCUAUGACGCAGAGAAACAGAGGCCCCGAGGUGGAGGUGAAACGUGCAGAACCUCGUGAUAGCAAAAGCCAAACUCCAGGGCCCCCCGGUGCCAGUCAGUGGGGAAGCAGGAUCAUGCCAAGCGCUGCCAAUGGCUGGGCAGGUCAGCCCCCUCCGACCUGGCAACAAGGUUAUGGCCCUCAAGGGAUGUGGGUGCCAGCUGGACAGGCAAUUGGUGGAUAUGGACCACCUCCUCCAGGAAGAGGAGCUCCCCCACCACCUCCUCCGUUUGCCUCAUACAUCGUUUCUACACCUCCCGGAGGAUUUCCACCUCCACAAGGAUUCCCACAGGGCUACGGCACCCCUCCACCAUUUACUUUUGGUUACGGUGCUCCUCCUCCUCCACCUGACCAGUUUGCCCCACCUGGAGUACCCCCUCCACCUGCCACUCCAGGGGCAGCACCACUAGCUUUUCCUCCACCACCACCGCCAUCUCAGGCAACUCAGGACAUGAGCAAACCCCCAACUGCUCAGCCAGAAUUCCCUUACAGUCAAUUUGGGUAUGGACAAGACUUGAGUGGUUUUGGACAAGGUUUCUCUGAUCCCAGCCAGCAGCCCCCUCCCUACGGAGGCCCUUCAGUGCAGCCAUCCAGUGGCCCACCUGCAGGAGGAAGCGGUUUUGGACGAGGACAGAACCAUAACGUGCAAGGAUUCCACCCCUACAGGCGCUAGCGUGUGCUGGCAAUCAGGGAGUUCUGCCCACACGGGAUGCCUGGCACCAGCAGGACCCAGGGAUCCCAGACUUGUGAACUUGUGACAAUCACAUACUUGAUGGAAGAAAAACCUAACACCAUUUUUUGGGGGGGGGGCGGGGGAGAUGGCUUCUGAAGGCAAAAGCUGUGGGUGUUUGGACUGCAGUUUUUAAAUAUUUUCCUUUCUCUAACCCAUCAGCACAAAUAAAGAAAAUGUCACUGGUUCAAACUACAGGGUUUUAAAAAUGUCUUCAGCUUUAAUUCAAAACUUCAGGUUUCUUUUUUUUUUUUUUGAGAUUAUUUUUUUCCUGAGCCUUUGUUUUACCGUAUAUUGUAAACUUUUAUGUUUAAAAGAAAAAAAUAUAUAUAUACAUUUACAGAUUGUGAAAUUUUUAAGAGAAAUUUUCUACUAUGUAUGCUGGCUUAUUUUUUAAUUUAAAACAGGGUUUCCGUUAGCACUGAUGGAAGUGAGGCUGAGCUGCAGCUCCCUCACUGCUGACGUCAGCGGUGGAGCGGAUGGGUCAGAAACUCUGGGAGUUAAAAAGAAAUCUACUGAGUGUAUUUUGCAUUUGUUACCUGGUGGGAUAGAGCUGGUAACAAGGCAGGUGCAGACUUGCUGAUGCACAGAGUCACUUAACGAAGUGCAGCGUUGGAUCUGUGCUUCGAACUCUUUCGAAUCCUCUGUGGAUUUCAGUAGGGGUUAACGGAGGCCUUGUUAAGAUGUAGAUUUCCCUCAGGCAAAAGGUUUAGGUGCAUUUUGCACUAACCAGUGAUUACCCCUGGUUUGAAUAAAGAGAAGUACAUUUGGAUUAGAAACACAA